GCGAAGUGAAUCCGCUGCUGUUUUGCAGGGACAUGUAAGCAAACAACAGUUUCUGGAGUUGCUUCGUUAUACAAGGAAGGGCGCAGGGGAGACGGCCUCGGCGGGGCUGUCAUGGAGCCAGGUGGCAACUUCUAUGAAGAGGCGCUGGCGAAUGGCCCGGACGUUGACGGAGAAGGCAUCGGUGACGUCGUAAACGGGCCGCCUGCCUUAAAUGCCCCAGAGGUCCAGCUGGAGGACUUUGUGGAGGCUCAUGCUGAGUAUAAUGAAGAAGAAGAGGAGCGCAAGUACUUCCGCCGCAAGCGUCUCGGUGUAAUCAAGAACCUCCUGGCAGCCAGCUUGGGGGGAAUGCUGACCUAUGGGGUCUUUCUAGGCCUGCUGCAGAUGCAGCUCAUCCUGCACUAUGAUGAGACCUACCGGGAGGUGAAAUACAGCAACCUGGAGCUGCAGAACAUUGACAGCAAGAUGCUGAUGGGCAUCAAUGUCACACCGAUUGCUGCGCUGUUCUACACUCCAAUCCUCAUCAGAUUCUUUGGCACCAAGUGGAUGCUAUUCUUGGCAGUGGGCAUCUACACACUCUUUGUCUCCACCAACUACUGGGAGCGCUAUUACACCUUGGUGCCUUCGGCUGUGGCCAUUGGGGCUGCCAUUGUACCACUCUGGGCCUCCAUGGGCAACUAUGUCACCAGGAUGGCACAGAAGUACUAUGAAUAUGUGAACUAUAAGGUGGAGCAUGUCCAGGAACAGAAGCGGGCACCACAUGGGUCCUAUAAUGCCUACAUCAUUGGCUUCCAGACGGUCUUCUAUAGCUUCUUCUAUCUGAGCUUUGUCUGUGCCCAGUUCCCCAUGUUUUUCUUCCUGAAGGGAUAUCUCUUUGAUUUGAACCACACACUCUACAGCGUGAAGCACUGCGGCACUAGGAGCCAUGGGAUCCUCACAGGGUUCAACACCACGGUUCUACAGAAACUGCCACGCAGCAGUGAGCUCAUCGCAGUGGAGAGUGUGCUCAUGGGAAUGGCCUUCCUCUCCAUGCUCCUGGUGUUGAUUCUGUGUGGCUCAGCCUAUCGCCCCACAGAGGAGAUUGAUUUACGCAGCAUUGGCUGGGGCAACAUCUUCCAGUUGCCGUUCAAGCACAUGCGAGACUACCGCCUGCGCCACCUCAUCCUCUUCUUUAUCUACAGUGGCUUUGAAGUGGCCUUCCUCUGCACUGGCUUUACCUUGAGCUACGGGGUCUGCUCCAUCGGCCUUGAACACAUGGCUUACAUCCUCACCUCUUAUGGGCUCUCCUCUGCUGUCUGCUCCAUUCUGGCACUCUCUAUGCUGUGCCUGCACCGCCAAGUUCCUCUGCUUGCUGGCGCUUCUGUUCAUGCUGUCCUCUUGAUCGCCCUUUUCUGCUGGGCACCCAAGGCCUGUAACUUAGCCGAAGCAUCCAUGAUCUACCUGGUGGCUGCACUCUGGGGCCUGGGCAGCGCCCUCAACAAGACAGGCCUCAGCGCACUUCUGGGGAUGCUUUAUGAAGACAAAGAGCGACAGGACUUCGUCUUCACCGUCUACCACUGGUGGCAAGCCCUGGCCAUCUUUGUGGUUUAUCUGUGGUCUGAACUGCCCAUGAAGGCUAAAUUGUCCAUCCUGCUGGUUACACUGGUAGCCGCAGUGUUAUCCUACGUGUGGAUGGAACGCAAAGUAACCCAGCUCAUCCCGCACCGCCUCCCCAAGAUUCCCAAGCCACGCCACAAGGUGCGCGGCUACCGCUACAUGGAAGAGGACAACUCUGACGAGUCCGGCUCAGAGAGGGAAGAAGAGCAGAAUGACUCCUCAGAGGGCGAGGUGGAAGGAGAGGGACCCAACGACCAGCAGGACCAGGCUCAGCGCAGGAACAGAUGUGCCUAUGAGCAGGCCCUGGGGGAGGAGAUUGGGGAUAAUGUGGGUUAAUGCCUGCCCUAGUCUCACUCUUCAUGUGCUAGGUCAGACUGACAUGCUCCAAUUCUUGACUGGGUCAUGACUCUCAAGUGCCUUUGACUUCAGCCUCUCUCCAUCACAAGAAUCACCUUUUUAUACCUAUUCUACCAUGUUUCCACUUUGCCUGGGGAAUGGACUGUGUGAGCUAUUCUCCUCUGUCCCCCUGCCCCCACUAGUUAGACACUCUUGGGCCCAUGCCCUGGUUUGGAGAGGUUCAAAAGCACACUUGCUGACAAAAAUGUUAGGGUCAUCUUCUGCCUAACCUCCACUUCCUAACUGUGGGAGCUAGCAGGUACACAAGCAUUUGACCCUGGAACAACCUGAUAUAAGGUACUAAACUUGACACUCAAGAUGUAACUCCUUCGGAGGCAGAGAGAAGAGGGAGGAGUACACUGGCCUUUUUUAUUAUUCUUUUGCAAGAACUGGCAAUAAAGUUUCAGUACAUUUUUAUAUA